AGGCCUAAAUCUUAAACUUUCAAAGAUCCACCCUUAUAGUGCACCUUCCAUGCUCCUUUUCCCUAUAAUAGUUCUUUAUAAUUUCUUGAGCUCAUAGCACAUUCUCUGCUAUGCUUUUGCUAGGCACAAAGGCAGUUUGAUUGGGGCUUAUGAUGUCAAUUAAACUAGCUUUGAGUCUAUUAGCUAGAUUUUUGUUAUGCAUUUAUAAAUGGUGUUGUAGCAAGAAGUUGGCCUAAAAUCACCCAUACUUGAUGGAUUAUUUACCCUAGGAACCAUAUUUAUAAUUGUUGCAUUCACCUCCCCAAGAAGCUUACUUGAAUCAAAGAAGGAUUGCACGUGGACUACAUCAAAUUGAAUGAUAGGUCAAGCUUUUUUUGAAGAAAAAGGCCUCUUGCAUUUCUUCUAGAUUUGAUUUUUCUUGCAGUAAUUUUCAGUUAUUAAUUAGAGUUGCACCUCUUGAAAUGUGAUUUCCUUGUAUUUUGCACUGGUAAUGCUGAUUAUCUGUAGAAUCCACUAUCCUAUUUAUGGCUAAUGAGGAACUAUGCAUACAUAGAUUAAGUAGUUUGCAUCAAGCUUUGUAUUAUAUUACUUAAAUUUUUGCUCUACAGUUUUAUUAUAUAAUGUAAGGACCGUUACUUCACUGAAUGAUAUUUUAACUUGUAUGUGUGUGUGUUUGUGUUUUUUAAAAUCAUGUUUCCUAGUCUUUUUUCAAAAAGUUGCCAUGCAGGUAAAUAAUGCAUUUUAAACCAAAAGACACUUGACUCAUGGGUUAUGUUGGUGGAACCCUACUAAAGGGAACCUAAACUCUGUGGCCAGCUUCAUGAUUUAGUAGUUUCUAUCCAGUUCAAGGGUUGGGGAGGAUUAGGGUCGAGCAGGGGUCUAUGGCAAGGUUUCACUCGUAAAUGGCUAAAGUCAGCAAAGUGCGACGUAAGACUAACGCCCGUAAUCAUGGGGUUACCCAUUCUCCAUCGCCAUCUUGCUGUCGGAAUAAUUUCAAAGAUGUUCACCUUAAGAAGAGAUGUUCGAAAGCAUCAGACAAGAAAGAUUGGAAAAAUGCAACCUGCCCAGUUUGUUUGGAGUACCCUCACAAUGCUGUUCUCCUUCUUUGUUCCUCUUAUAACAAGGGUUGUCGCACUUUUAUGUGUGCCACUAGCCAUCGGUAUUCCAACUGUCUUGAGCAAUACAAGAAAGCCUACACAAAAGUAACUCCCAUUCAAAGUUCUCAACAUUUGGAUGGGUUAGUGGAAAAUUUGAGUUUAAUUUCUGGUCUGGAGCAUCACAAUGAAAAGAUGGAAGUGCCAGAACUUUUAUGCCCUCUCUGUCGUGGGCAGGUGAAGGGUUGGACUGUGGUUGAGCCAGCAAGAAAAUAUCUGAAUGCAAAGAAGAGAUCCUGCAUGCUGGAUGAUUGUUCAUUUGUUGGAACUUAUAAGCAACUCAGAAAACAUGUUAGGUCGAAGCACCCAUUGGCCUGUCCGCGAGCAGUGGACCCUGUACUUAAAGAAAAAUGGAAGAGGCUUGAGCGUGAGAGGGAGCAAAGUGAUGUGAUCAGCACAAUUAUCUCAUCAACACCUGGGGCUGUGGUUCUGGGGGACUAUGUGUUAGAGCCUAACUAUGGUGACACUUCUGAUUCUGAUUUGGAUGACUAUUUUGAUGAUGCUUUCUUUCCUCUGGCAUCAUUUGAUCGUGGACGUACUCAUGGCAUUUACUCACGGAGUAGAAAUAAUAGGGACCAUGGCUUGUUUGAUGGUGAUUUUGUGCAUGCUACCGCUGUUCGUUCUGCUGCUUCAUAUGGCCGUGGUGUUCGUUCUGCUGCUUCAUAUGGACGUGGUGUUCGUUCUGCUGCUUCAUAUGGACAUGGUGAACGUAGUUUACAAGUUGCACGUUCUAGGAGGCAAUGGAGGCGGCAUAUAAGAGCAACACUUUUCUGACAAAAUAACAGAGAAAUGUCGAAGGACUGAGCUGCAGCUCUUCUACAGUUGGGUGCUUUACAUUCAUUUGCAGCCGAAGUCUUAUUUAUGGCACCACUUCAUAAUGAUAUGCCAGAGCAUUGUCAUCAUAUCAUUGACAGAGUGAAGCUUUUUACGCCACUAUCUGGUUUAGUAUCACUAGAUCUAGUUUGAGGUGACAUUGCCUCUGGAUUUUUAGGUCUCUAGAAAAGAACCAAAACAUUUAGUUGUCAGUUUCCCUGUAGGUGCAUGGAUUUUUCCAUCAUUUGGUCAUGCAUAUUGGUCAUAUGAGUAGGGACAUAUAAUGGUUCAUUUUCUUUUGAUAAAAUGUUUUCAUUUUAAAACUGAUGUUUCUUGGUGUCCACCAUUCUUCUCACAAAUGGCAUUCUGUACAGCCCUGAAGAAUAUUUGUAUAAUUUGCUUUUACAGCCUCCCAACCAUGCAGUGACAUCAAUUGUGAUCCUACCCGACAAAUUGUGACAAUGUGGUUUUAUAGCUUUUCUGGAUGUUAUUUCCUGAUAA